AUGAAAGCGGACGAAAUAGGUCUCCUUGAAUUGACUCCCUCGAAUAAGUUCGAAAGUCCUAGCUCCUCGAAAUUAAAGCUCAGUUCGAUAGGACGAUCGCGCAAGACUGCUGGCAAGAACGUAACCUCAAUUCUUCUGCAGCAACGCCAAGAAAUCCGUGUAACGGACAAUGACGUUGACGUCACGCCAAAAUUACUGACCCACCCUAUGUUCAGUUCGAUCGACGAACAUCAGGUGACUGCAUUCGAGGCGAUCGGUUUGUCUCAAACAGGCAGCGUGGGGCAAUUAAUGUCUUCCAUGUCCGCUUUGGGCAGUCUGAAAAGAAGCUCAUCCAUGGUUAUCAGAACGUCAUCGAUGCCUCUUAGCGUGAUAAUAGCGGAUGACUCGCAAUUUGAAAGUUUCUGGGCCACUCAAGUGGAAGAUUUACCCGAUGACGACGUAGACAAAGCUCCCCCCCAAUUUUAUUUGCCUAGUAUAGAUCCAAACAUUUUUCUCACUCGACCGGAAACCGUGACAUUGAUCCUGAAGGAGACGGAAACGUUUUUCAUUUUCGAGAUGCAGCCACGCACGGGCGACUUACGGACGCCAGAGGGUACGGCGAUUAAGGAAGAAAACGAGAAUUACGAAUACAAAACGGUCGGGCCCGGAUCGAACAGAAAAUUAGUAGAUGCCGAAACCCAGUGCAUACAAGUUCUCACAAAAUCGCGGGGCACGUAUCUCGGCAGAAGAAUGCGUAGAAAUCGGGGUAUGCUCAUGAAUAAUUGGGUCUUCCACGACACUUUCGCUGCACCUGAAAUGAUGACCGAAAGGGGUGGUCUGCUUAUUGUACACACGAAGGAAUCUAUGGAGCAAAUGUGGCAGGCAGAGGAAGUAAAAUCCAAACUGCCACAGGUGGAUACGCAGAAGAAACCCAUAACUCCGGAAGAAGAGUUAGCGUACAUAUUCAACCAUGUGAAUUUCCUGAAUGCCGUGCACAUAAUGGAGCGUAUAAUAUCGAACAAUAUUUUCAUUCACGCGCAAAAACGUUUCAUCGGCCUGAUCAAGCAGGACCCCUGCAGCCUCGAUUUAGAGUUCACGUACAGUUUGGAUCUACUCUGGACCUAUACCUUCGAAACGUGCAGCGGCAGACCAGUGUCCUCCUUUCGUUGGAGUUACAUCAAUAAGAAUAUUCUGGCUGUGGGAUACGGGGCACGGGCGAAUUCAGAAACGAAAGACGGACUGGUGUUGAUAUGGAACGCAAAGAAUCCUGAUGUACCGGGUCGUGCGUACCCCUUCGACGUUCCGGUGUCGGACCUUGAUUGGAGCCGCGAUCGACCAAAUUUGCUCGCUAUUGGCUUCUACGAUGGUCAGAUCAAGGUGAUCGACGUGAGCAUUAAUUACGUAAACGUGAUACGACAGAGCGAGAGGACCACGUCUCCCUCCAGUUCGCCACAGUGGCAGGUUCAAUGGUGGGCCGGUGACGAGCAGUUCGCCUACCAGGAACAGAUUUACACCUGCGACCAGGACGGUCACAUAUUCUGCUAUCGAUACGUCGAGGAUUUUAUGUCGACGACGAUGAUGAGGGUGUUCAGGAUAGAGGGUACGUUACCGGGAGUUAGCAGAACUUCCCAUUGUAACGUUUACGACACGUCGAUCAACCGAAGUCCUGGUACGUUGGUGCUCCGUAGACAUCCCACUUUGAGUACCAUCUAUUUCGUCGGCUCUGACGAGGGUUGCAUCUACAAAUGCUCGACGAAUUAUCUGUACCAGCAUAUAGAGAGCUUUCUAGCGCACGAUGGGCCGAUCUACUCGAUGCUAUUCUCUCCGUUCUGUCCGAAAAUCUUUUUGACCUGCGGCGCCGAUUGGUGCACGCGAAUCUGGGCCGAAGGGCUCACGGAACCGUUGAUCACCCUGUCCACGACUAUGGCCUGUGUUCGGUACGCGGUAUGGUCGCCCACGCAUUCCACGAUCAUCGCGAAUAUCGUCAACAACGAGAUUUGCAUUUGGGACAUUAAAAGAAAGACCUACAUCCCGUCAUCCGUGACUACAUCACCCACCAACGCAAGACUGGUCACGCUCGACUUCACUUCAGAUGGUAACCAGGUAGUGACGGGAAACAUAGAAGGUGACGUGUAUGUUCACAACUUGGAGGGAAUGCCGUUUCCGCCGUACAAUCAGAAACAGGUGUUGAUCGAGUCCAUCGUGAAAGCCUUAGUCACGAAACCGGCUAUUCUGAAAAACCUGAAGAAACUUGGCCCGCCAUUUUCCCAAUAAAACA